AUAGUCCCGUUAAUAUGGAUCUAUAUGAUUCUGGUUAUUUUCCAAGGAUACUACUGUUUAUUUUAUAUGGUCUAUAUGAUGCCAUGUAUCAGGCAGUUCAAUCUGCAGGCGGUGCGAUAUCCUGGAGAAUUGAUGCUGUUGGAACUUCCUAUCUUAUCCAACUUAUUAUUUGUUGGGCUUUGCUAGCAAUCUCAAUUCCUUUUGCUUUUCCCGUAGUAUUAAAUUUAAAGGAAACUAAUUAUGAUUCUAAAAAUAUCGAUGAGAAAGUUGUGACGACAAAUAAAUCGGAAAUUCCCGCAUGA